AUGGGAAAUAUAGUCCAAAAUUUCAGGCUGCUGCUCUCUAGGGAAGAAAAGAGCCAGCCCAUCUGCACACAGAUAUUCCAAAGGAACGGAGGAAGUUCUGAAAAGAGGCGCCGCUCAUCAAGUCAGAAGCGGGAGGACAUCACCUGCCCGGCCCAAGUCAGUCCGUCUAGCCCUCGAUUACGGGAACUCCAAAGCUUCGGAGACGAGGAAGUGCGGCAGCUCCGACCCUCCUUCUUCUCUCCAACUCCGGCCAAGCCGCCAAUUCGGACACCCACCCAGCCACCCCCGCCGCCUCUUCCGCCUGGCGAAUUUGCUGCUCGGCUUGGUGGAGAGAUCUCGACUGCAUCCUGCGGCAGGCAUCUUGCAGAAGUACUCAGAGAAAACCAGAGUUUGAGAAAGUUAGAACUGACCUUCAAAAGCCCUGAUGACAAAACAAUGGAACUAUUGUGCAAUGGGCUCAAUGAUCCAGAAUGUACAGUAAAGGAGCUAAAGCUUGGCGGAGAGAUCCUGACCAUGUCGUGUAGCAGGCAUCUUGCAGAAGUACUCAGGAGAAACCAGAGAUUGAGAGAGUUAGAGCUAGCCCUCAAGAACCCAGAUGCUAAAACAAUGGAACUACUCUGUGAGGGGCUCAAACAUCCACAAUGCACAAUAGAGAUAUUAGACCUUGAUGGAGAAACCCUGACUGAAUCGAGCAGCAGGCAUCUUGCAGAAGUACUCAGGAAAAACCAGGGAUUGGAUGCAUUAUUAUUGUCCCUCAAGAACCUGGAUGACAAACCAAUGGAAGAGCUGUGUGAGGGUCUCAAACAUCCAGAAUGUACAAUAGAAAUGCUGCACCUUGCUGGAGAAACCCUGACUGAAUCGAGCAGCAGGCAUCUUGCAGAAGUACUCAGGAAAAACCAGAGAUUGAAUGUAUUAUUCUUAUCCCUCAAGAACCCGGAUGACAAAGCAAUGGAAGUGCUGUGUGAGGGUCUCAAACAUCCAGAAUGUGCAAUAGAAACGCUAGAGCUUGCUGAAGAGAUCUUGACUGAAUCCUACAGCCGGCAUUUUGCCGAAGCACUUAGGAGGAACCAGAGAUUGAGAGAGUUAUCCUUGUCCCUCAAGAACCCAGAUGACAAAACAAUGGAACUGCUGUGUGAGGGUCUCAAGCAUCCACAAUGUACAAUAGAGACACUGCAGCUUGAUGGAGAGAUCUUGACCACAUCCUGCAGCAGACAUCUUGCAGAAGUAUUCAUGAAAAACCAGAGACUGAAAGAGUUAGAACUUUCAAGAAAUAAUUGUAAUUUCCGACUUCCGGUUUGA